AUGGCGCUCUCCAAGCUCUCACUCCUCAACAGCCUCACCAAAACCCUAGCCAAACCCGGCCGUCUCCGACGCCACGCGCCGCCGUCCUUUAUCCCGAUCCGCCUCCUCAGCUUUUCCACGCCCGAGGAAGCCGCCGCUGAACGCCGCAAACGCAAGCGGCGUCUCCGCGUCGAGCCGCCCUUCGCCUCCUUCCGCCAACAGCAGCCGCUGUCCCGACCGCCUUCAUCCCCGUCGGCGCCUAAGAACCCCAACGCUCCCAAGAUCCCCGAGCCACCCUCCGCCCUCUCCGGCAACCGCCUCAAUCUCCACAACCGCAUCCUCAAGCUCAUCCGCGAGAACGACCUCGAAGAGGCGGCGCUCUUCACGCGCCACUCGGUCUACUCCAACUGCCGCCCGACCAUCUACACCUGCAACUCGGUCUUGGCCGCCCAGCUCCGCCAGUGCAAGUACUCCGAGCUCCUAUCCCUCAACCGAUUCAUCACCCAGGCCGGCAUCGCAGCCAACGUGGUGACGUACAACAUUCUCUUCUCCCUCUAUCUCGAUUGCCGGAAAACCGAUCUAGCCCUAGAGAUGUACAAGCAGCUGAUCAACGAGGCCCCCUUUAACCCCUCCUCCACCACCUACCGCAUUCUGAUCAGAGGAUUGGUGGAUAACCAGCUAGUCGAGAAAGCCGUCGAGAUCAAGGACGACAUGGAGGCGAAGAAUUUCAAACCCGACCCCACGAUCUACUCCUACCUGAUGUCUGGGCACGCGAAGAACUCCAACGCAGAAGGAAUUUUCGAGUUGUAUGAUGAAUUAAAGAAGAAAUUGGGAACAGACAAGGUUUUAGACGGUAUCAUUUACGGGAACCUAAUGAAAGGUCAUUUCUUGAAAGGUAACGAAACAGAGGCCAUGGAGGUGUAUGAAACGGCUGUAGGCGAGGGCUCGUCUGUUAAGAUGAGUCCUUUCGCGUACAAUUACAUCCUUGAAGCCCUGAGCAAGAAUGGUGAAUUCAACGAGGCGCUAAAUUUGUUCGAGAGGAUGAAGAACGAGCAUGCUCCCCCCAAAACCCCAACUGUUAACCUAGGCAGCUACAACAUUGUGGUCGAUGGAUACUGUUUGGAGAGUAAAUUCGACCUUGCCAUUGAAGUUUUUAACAGCAUGGGGGAAAAACGGUGCGAGCCUGAUGCUCUGUCUUACAAUGUCUUGAUCGACCAGUUGUGCAAUAAUGACAGGUUGGUUGAGGCCGAGGAACUCUACAGAGGCAUGGCAGAUAAAAAGGUGAGCCCAGACGAGUACACCUUUGUCACCUUAAUGGACACAUGUUUUAAAGAAAACAGGCCGGAUGAUGCAGCCCAAUACUUCAAAACUAUGGUCGAGUCCAAAUUGAAGCCCAAUCUGGCAGUCUACAACCGGUUGGUCGAGGGUUUGGUGAGAGUAGGGAAAAUCGACGAGGCCAAGUCGUUUUUCGCCUUGAUGGUGCCAAAACUAAGAAUGAAUGACGAGUCGUACAAGUUCAUCAUAAAUGCCCUUUUUGAAAAUGGAAAACAUGAUGAUGUCAUUGGAAUUGUGAGUAGAAUGUUGAGGGAAGACCCGUGUGACUUUACGGAGGAGGUCGAGGAGUUUGUUCAGGAGGGGAUGAGGAAGCAGGGGAGAGAGGAUGAGGUGGCGGCUAUGAAGGCGGAGGUCGAGCGGGAGAAGGCUGAGUCAGCUGCCCGCGUGGCGGCUGAGGCUGAGCGGGCAAAGGAGAGCGCAAGGGCAGCUGUUGCGGCCUUGCUGCCCUCGAAACUUUUGGGGGAUGGAAAUAAUAGUGAUGAUAAGGAUGGCGGUGAAGAAGAAGGAAGGGAGUCGAAUGGGGCUGAUGAUGGGAGUGAAGUGCAAAAUAUUGAUAGGGAAGAGGAGGUGGUGGCUUGA